UAUUCAUGUAAUAUAAAUAUGUGUGACGCGGUUGGCGAAUUCGUCUUUGACUGUUGUGUUGAACAAAUUCUUUGCCAAUUCUUGGGACUUCUCGAACUUGGGUUUGCCUAAAUAUGGAGUUUGGUUGGAUUUCUGUGGUUUUGGACUUUUGGGUUCUAUGAUUUUCACAAAUUCCCAUCUGGGUUUUUUCUCAAGUUUUGAUUUUUGGUCACUGCAUGUGGUGGUAGUUUCUAAAAAAGCUGGCGGAAUUGCAAGUAUCAGAAGCUUCUUCAAGUGGUGGAGCUCCGAGAAUGAAUCAACCGAAAAUCAAGCGAAGAGUGGGAAAAUAUGAGGUGGGAAGGACAAUUGGUGAGGGAACAUUUGCCAAAGUGAAGUUUGCAAGGAAUUCUGAGACAGAAGAGCCUGUGGCUCUUAAGAUCCUUGACAAGGAGAAAGUUCUCAAGCACAAAAUGGCUGAACAGAUCAAACGAGAAGUAGCAACAAUGAAGUUGAUAAAGCAUCCGAAUGUUGUUCGGUUAUAUGAGGUGAUGGGUAGCAAGACAAAGAUUUUUAUUGUUUUGGAGUUUGUUACUGGUGGAGAGCUCUUUGAUAAAAUUGUAAACCAUGGACGGAUGAGAGAGGAUGAAGCGCGCAGAUAUUUCCAACAACUCAUUAAUGCAGUUGAUUAUUGUCAUAGCAGAGGUGUCUAUCACAGAGACCUGAAGCCGGAAAAUCUGUUGUUGGAUGCUUGUGGAAAUCUCAAAGUUUCUGAUUUUGGAUUGAGUGCAUUGUCCCAACAAGUCAGGGACGAUGGCCUUCUUCACACUACUUGUGGUACUCCAAAUUACGUUGCUCCUGAGGUCCUUAAUGACAAAGGCUAUGACGGCGCAACUGCGGACUUGUGGUCAUGUGGAGUGAUACUCUUUGUAUUACUUGCAGGUUACUUGCCCUUUGAUGACUCUAAUCUUAUGAUCCUGUAUAAAAAAAUCUCAGCUGCUGAAUUCACUUGUCCCCCUUGGCUAUCUUUUAGCGUGAUGAAAUUGAUAGCUCGAAUCUUGGAUCCAAACCCUAUGACACGCAUCACCAUACCCGAAAUUCUAGUAGAUGAAUGGUUUAAGAAGGGGUACAAGCCUCCGGUGUUCGAUGAGAAAGAAGAUACAAAUUUGGAUGAUGUAGAAGCUGUUUUUAAGGAUUCAGAAGAGCACCAUGUGACGGAGAAGAAGGAAGAACAACCAGCAGCUAUGAACGCAUUCGAUUUAAUCUCAAUGUCCAAAGGGCUUAACCUUAGCAACUUGUUUGAUGCUGAACAGGAUUUUAAGAAGGAAACAAGGUUCACAUCGAAAUGCCCUGCCAACGAAAUAAUUCAUAAGAUCGAAGAAGCUGCAAAGCCUCUUGGUUUUGAUGUACACAAGAAAAAUUACAAGUUGAGGCUCAAAAACAUGAAAGCUGGAAGAAAGGGAAAUCUUAAUGUUGCUACAGAGAUAUUCCAAGUUGCUCCCUCGCUUCAUAUGGUUCAAGUGAGAAAAGCUAAAGGAGACACAUUGGAAUUCCAUAAGUUCUAUAAAAACCUCUCAAACAGCCUGGAGGAUGUUGUCUGGAAAACUGAGGAAGACAUGCAAGAAAACAAGUGAAACCUUGUGUCCAUUUUGGAGUGUGAUUAGCAACCUUCUUUUUUUUUUUUUUUUUUUUUUUCUCUUGUCAUGGAAAUGGACAGACUUGGAUCAUGGAUGUUACCAAAUGUUUUCCCAUGUUAUUAAGUGUUGGAAAACAUGCAUAUCAUACCCUCACUAGAAAGUGCAAUUACUCAACUCGUGUUCAUCCUUCAAUAUCAGUAUAUCACAGUCACGAAAGUUAUAGUUGUAAGAAAUACCUCUUUACAUUCAUUUUGGAGAGGCUCUUUUUUUUUUCCUAGAGAAAUUUUGUUCAGUUUUGUA